GAGCGAGAGAAAGAGAGAGAGAGUGUGUGUGGCAAAGCGACAGAGAGAGUCCAGCAAGCAGCUGGAGCUGAACAGAGAGUGAUGGGCUGUGCUCCUAGUAUCCAUGUCUCUCAGAGUGGAGUGAUUUACUGCAGAGAUUCAGAUGAAUCGAACUCCCCUCAUCAGACCACCACCAUCUCCCAGGGCACAGCAACAGUACAUGGCUUCUUCAUCAAGACAGAUGCUGCUGAUUCCCUGCCUUCUGUGUUGGCAUACCAGAGCCGGGUAACACGUACCUCCUCACGUCGAGAGAAGAAGGAGAACAGCAACUACACCGAAGCUGAAACCCAAACCAGCCAUACUAGCGUUAAGGUCGCAUCAACAGAAGUACGAUUUGGACCCAUGAGACUGACACAAGAGCCCCUUCAGGUUCUACUUGUUUUCGCAAAAGAGGACAACCAAAGCGAUAGCUUUUGGUGGGCAUGUGACAAAGCUGGCUACAAGUGCAACAUUGCACGGACACCAGAGUCCGCCCUGGAAUGCUUUCUAGAUAAACAUCAUGAAAUUAUAAUUAUUGACCACAGGCAUGCCAAAUACUUUGAUGCAGAAGCUGUUUGCAGAUCAAUUCGAGCUACAAAACCAGCAGAAAACACAGUAAUCCUGGCAGUAGUUCCACAGAUAUCUAAUGAUCAGGAGGAGACCUCAGUCUUGCCUCUCCUUAAUGCAGGGUUCAAUAGGCGGUAUAUAGAAAACGCCAGCCUAAUUGUGUGCUACAAUGAACUGAUCCAGUUAGAGCAUGGAAACGUGCGGUCUCAAUUCAAACUGCGGGCAUGUAACUCAAUCUUCACAGCUCUGGAGCACUGCCAAGAGGCAAUAGAGAUCACAAGUGAGGACCAUGUCAUACAGUAUGUCAACCCAGCAUUUGAACGUAUGAUGGGUUACCAUAAGGGGGAACUGAUUGGCAAAGAACUUACUGAAUUACCCAAAAGCGACAAAAAUAAAGCGGACCUCCUUGAUACAAUAAACAUGUGUAUUAAGAAAGGAAAGGAAUGGCAAGGGAUUUAUUUUGCAAGAAGGAAAGCAGGAGACAGUAUUCAGCAAGAUGUAAAGAUUACACCUGUAAUAGGCCAGGGAGGGAAAAUUAGGCAUUUUGUCUCCAUCAAGAAAUUGUGCAAUGACAACAAUAAACAGGUCUCCAAUGUACAAUGUGAUGACAAAUGCACAGAGGAAAAUUUUCAGUCAGAUUCACAUUCUUUAAGACAUAAAGACAGACGGAAAGGUUCCAUUGACGUCAGAUCUGUAACAUCAAGAGGAAGUGAUGGAAGUUCACACAACCGCCGAUACUCCUCAAUGGCAAGAAUUCACUCCAUGACAAUAGAAGCUCCAAUUACAAAGGUUAUCAAUAUAAUUAAUGCUGCCCAGGAAAAUAGCCCAGUAACAGUGGCCGAGGCAUUGGACAGAGUCCUGGAAAUCUUGAGAACAACGGAACUCUACUCACCACAGAUUGGCAUCAAAGAUGAUGACCUACACACCAGUAAUCUUGUUGGAGGUCUCAUGACUGAUGGAUUACGAAGAUUGUCUGGUAAUGAAUAUAUUUUCUCAAAAUCUUUGCGACAAACAGAUAAAAACGAAGCAUGGACAUCUCUUGAGGGACAGAUCGAGGAAGAGCCAGAUGUGCAGCUGACUCAUGGGCCCUGUGCAAUACCCGUCACACUCAGUGAUGUCCCACCUCAUAUAGCAGAACUGUUGGAAGGAGAAGAAACCUGGGAUUUCAAUAUCUUCAAACUAGAGACUGCAACUAAUAAAAGGCCAUUAGUCCACCUGGGAUUAAAAAUCUUCGCACAGUUUGGAGUAUGUGAGUUUUUGAACUGUUCAGAAGCAACUCUCAGGUCGUGGUUGCAGGUCAUUGAGACAAAUUAUCAUGCAUCAAAUUCAUACCACAAUUCAACACACGCAGCUGAUGUCUUGCAUGCCACAGCAUACUUCUUGCGGAAGGAUCGAGUCAAGGGGUGUUUGGAUCAGUUGGAUGAGGUUGCUGCACUUAUUGCAGCCACAGUACAUGAUGUUGACCACCCAGGUCGCACAAACUCCUUCCUAUGUAAUGCAGGAAGUGAGCUAGCUGUCCUCUACAAUGACACUGCAGUCCUGGAAAGUCACCAUUCUGCCCUGGCAUUCCAGCUCACAGCACGAGACCACAAGUGCAACAUCUUCAAAAACGCUGAAAGGAAUCAGUAUCGAACGUUGAGGCAGGCGAUUAUUGACAUGGUUUUGGCAACAGAGAUGACAAAGCAUUUUGAACAUGUGAACAAAUUUGUGAACAGUGUCAACAAACCAAUGACAUCUCUUGAGGAAACUAACUCAAAUAGUGGCAGCAGUGAUGGUGAAUAUUCAUCCAACCUAAAGAACUCUGUGGAAAAUAGACUACUCAUUAAACGUAUGAUGAUUAAAUGUGCUGAUGUUGCCAACCCUUGCCGCCCAAUAGAGUUGUGCAUCGAAUGGGCAGGAAGAAUUUCAGAAGAAUAUUUUGCUCAGACAGAUGAGGAGAAAAGUCAAGGUUUGCCAGUCGUGAUGCCGGUCUUUGAUCGCAAUUCUUGUAGUAUUCCGAAAUCUCAGAUAUCAUUUAUCGACUAUUUUAUAAAUGAUAUGUUUGAUGCUUGGGAUGCGUUUGCAAACCUUCCAAAUUUAAUGCUUCACUUGAAUGAAAACUACAAGUACUGGAAAACAUUGGAUGAACAUGUGUUUAAGGGUCUCCGACCUCCAUCUGACUCUUAAAAGCAAAGGUGAAAGGACAGGAUAUUUUAUUUCCCAACAUCACUGACUGAAGCAAAGCUAUUGAGAGUUUCUAUUUUACUUCAAGUGACUUAAUUUUCAAACAAGUCACACACAAUAUAGGAAGGUUUGAUGUACAGUGUGUGUAAAAAGGAACUAUGUUGAAUUGUUAUAGAUAUUCCAACUACUAAAAUAAUAUAUUUCGGCUCUUGAGUUUUGCUUUGUUAAAUUCAAGUUCAUCUUAGUGCCAAAAAUGAAAAUUGUGAUGCAUUCAGGAAAAGAACAAAAUGUUUGCUGAGAAAAGAUAAAUUAAAACAAAUAUUUCUGUAAUUACCCUUAAGUCACAAGUGUAUAUAAAAGUAAAUCUUUUAUUUUCCAUAGUAAUCUUUUCUCUCUGAGAAAAAGGCUUUGGAGAAAUCAUAGAUUUUUAUUCUGACUGUUGGUAAUUUUUAUGCAGUCUUACCGCGAUGUGAAAAAUGACAGUCCAGGCCUUAAGGCAAUUUUGAAUGCUAUUAAUGCUGGUUAGCAUAUUUCAAUGUACAGUAGUUUUUUUUAAAUAGCAAUAAAUUUGAGGAAUAU